CCGCCCCCGUCCCGGGGCCGCCCCGCCCUGCCGGGGCCGCCCCCCGCCCCGCCCCGCCCCGCCAUGGCGGCUCCGCGCCGCGCCUGGCUCGCGUUCGGCUUCAGCACCGAGGAGGCGGCGGGGGAACCGGGGCCGGGCCCGGGCCCGUGGCGGCUCGAGUCGGGCCCCGAGGGGAUCCGCCGCGUGUGGCCCGCCUGGAGCUACGUGGUCGUGGAGACCGGCGCGGGGCUGGAGGUGCGGAGCGCGGGGCUGCGGCGGCGGCUGCCGGGCUGGGCCGAGGCGCUGCCCUCCGAGACGCACCUGGUGCUGCGGGGGGCGGCGGGGGCCCAGGCCUGGCCGCGGGCGGCGGCGCUGCGGGGCGCGCUGCGGGGCUCCCCCGCCUGGAGCCGGGCCCUGCCGCCGGCGCCCCGCAGCCCCCCGCCGCUGCCGCUGCUGCCCGGCGGCUUCGCCACCCCGCGGCCGCCCUUCUUCGCCCCGCUGCCCGGCGGGGUGCGGGCCCGGCGGCUGGCCCUGGGCCUGGAGCACGCCCUGGCGCUGGGCGCCGCGGGGGAGGUCUACGCCUGGGGCGGCGGCAGGCACGGGCAGCUCGGCCAUGGGACCCUGGAGUCGGAGCUGCAGCCGCGGCUGGUGGAGGCGCUGGCCGGUGUGCCGAUGCAGGCGGUGGCAGCCGGCGGGUGGCAUUCGGCCAGCGUUAGUGAGGCCGGAGACCUCUACAUGUGGGGCUGGAACGAGUCAGGCCAGCUGGCCCUGCCCUCCAAGGCGCUGGCCGAAGAGCGGGCACAGGACGAGGACAGGGGUGCAGGGCACGCUGAGCUGACGCCCUCCCGGGAGCAGCCGGCUGCCGAGGACGCCGCAUUCAUUUCCAUCCAGGCGUUCCCGGCGUUGCUGGACCUGCCCCAGGACCUGGAGGUCAGCAGGGUCAGCUGCGGGUCCCGGCACACGGCCGUCGUCACACGAGGCGGUGAGCUCUACACCUGGGGCUGGGGUAAAUACGGCCAGCUGGGGCACGGGGACGAUGCCAGCUCUGACCAGCCACGCCGUGUCGAGUACCUGGUGGCCAAGGGGCAGCGGGCGGAGGAGGUGGUGUGCGGCCCCUGGACCACCUACGUCUGUGUGCUGGAGCCAUGAGGGCCCCACAGCCCCGGCUGCCUGCAGGGAGGAAGACACAGGUGGGCUCUGCUCCUGUCCGCCUGCUGCCACGACCAGCCCUGGCACCACGCUGCCCUCAGAGGCCAGGCCCUGGCCAGGUUAAGCCCACAGUGGACUGGAGGCACAGGCUGGUGCCCAGCCCUGCCCGGGCUUGCAGUUUCAGGAGUGCUAAGGACAACCAAGGGAAGGAUGCUACACAUUUAUUACAGCUACUUUUCCAUAA